UUCUCUGGUCGAAUGCACAGCAUCAAAUUAUAGCCUCGUCGAGAUCUUCGUGAAGCUGUUUUGGAGAUGAAAUUGCUAUGAAUUGUCUUGUGGAAAUAUACAUGUAGCUGGUGUUGACGGUUAUGAUGUUGGAGCAACCGUUGAAGACGAUCGCGACUUUUGGGUGAAAGAAUUUAUUCGAUGGCUUUACGCCGCAAGUUAUCGGGAUCACCAGUUGAGGUAUGAAAUUUUUUUUUCAGUCCAUUCCGCGGAUAGUUUCUUUGAAAAGUGAAAUAUUGUCGGAGAUUUGAGAGUCAUACGCAGUGUUUGUUCCUGCAGCAGACUACAAAAUAAUUAUUUUCUCCCUGAGUGUCAAAUAUUCACACGCUAGGACAACUAUAUAGCUUGCAGGUCCUUGAAAAAUUCCAAUUAUUUUCCUUUCAACUCACCUCCAGCUGUUUUUUUAAUUUAAUGAUGUGAUAGCCACAUAAAGUGAAAUCAAUUAUUUAUUGCGCAAUGUUUUGUUAACGAAGUCUGACCUUGAGCCCGGUGAAUUUAUGAUGUGCGUAGAGAAAGACUAAAAUUAUCCAAAGAGAGCCAAAUUUACUUCCGAUCGUAAUAGCGUGAUUUUGCUUCUUACUUUGAAACUAAAUCGACUGUAAGGCUUAUAAAUAAUGCUCGAAUACUUUAAAAUUUCUUUGCGCAAGUAUUAAUUCUUCGUAGAGUAAAUAUUAGUGAGUGUAUUAUAAAAUACAUGUUUCGUAGCAGAUAAAACUAAUCCGCCAUCAAACAAACGUUAUCUGUGUAGAUGGACAAGUAUUCUAGACUAGAAACGCAUUAAAGGGAAGUUAUUCUUUAAAAUAAACUAAUCUUGGGCAGUAUUAAAUAAUGGCUUUGCUUUUGAACACAGUCUUGUAAGUAAUUUUUAAGUAUUAUAUUUGUAAGUAUUACUGUAUAUAAUAGACAAUAUUAUCAAUUUGAUAAUAUUUGAUAAUAUUUUUGGUGUCUGAAAAACAUGACGCUCCCUUAAAUUAAUGCACAUUUCACUGUAUACAUGUACAUUUGUAUUUGUAUCUCUUCUUAAUUACCCCACUAAUCAUAGCUAUAACAAAAUACUCAAAUCUGAUUGGCUAUCAACUGCCCUGAUAUCAGCCUUAGCUUUAAUAAGACAAUGAUAUUUAUUAGGACAGUAGGCGUCAUGCCUAAGUAAUUGCUAGCAAAAAAAUGGAAUUUCUUCUCUUUUGAUUUAAAAAAGAGCCUUAUAUUUCACAAAUUUUGGGAUCAUUCUGGGAAACUGCCCACCUACCCCUCCCCUAAGCCAACAUUAAUACUUACUUCUCACUAAGGCAAAAUGUUGGCUUAGGGGAGGGGUAGCUGGGCAGUUUCCCAGAAAUGUAAAAUGAUCCAAAUUUUGUUAAAGUUUUGAUUAAUUGGUAACAGAACUUUGUGUCGUCCAAUUCGGACUGUAAUCAUACUUGUGAUUAAACAAAUUGAACUCCCGCGUCACUCGUAUGAUUACAGACCGAAUUGGUCUCUACUCAGUCCUGUUACCAUUAAAAACUCUCUGAUGCGUAUACCCUAUCCCAGAGAAAACUGCUUGAAAACCACACCCUUCACAGCAGCACAUACCUGUAUAGCCCAUAUAUGGCAGUACCCCCAGGGGUUUAUCAUCUCCCGCCCUUCAAAUUAAUUGCUUUUAGUUUUGAAUCAGCAGCGUUUGAGUCUCAGAUAAAACCACAGGGUCCAGAAGAGAUGUGUUUGUCAUUGGAAACAAAUAUGGUUUAUUUUGAUCGAGUUACAGUUUCAUUACACAUUUAGCUAUUUUGUUAAAGUUAUGAUUAAUUGCAGCAGCAUGCAAAGGAAGUAGUGUCCCAUAGCCCGGGGCUAGUGGAUUUUGCUAUCGGGCUAGUGAAAUCUGUUUUUAACUUGCCCGACAGGCAAGUGAUGUUCUUUGAGGAAUUUGAAUAACAGAAGAAGUGUGAAAUCAAUUCUGCUCGACGAAAAGCUUUUGGGGCUAGUUGAAAUGAAGUCUGGGCUAGUAAAUGCUAGCUUCAGCUUGCCCGAAUGGCAAGCUGUAUAAAAAUGACUUUCUUUGCACCCUGUGCAGGUAACAAAACAUUGUUACGAUUACUUACAUGUGCAAAAAAUUGGCACAGCACCAUUCAUUUUCACCAUGCUUGCAACGAACUUGUGGACACUACAAUUUACCAGCGUGUAAAGAUAUCAUUACCACCAAAGGUUGGCACUGCUGCCCUAACUUUCUGGGGUGCUAACUACCAGCGGAGCCGAGUCUCAGCAUUUCUUAUCAAGGCAGGUUGCCAGAAAAGGGAUGCAUUUUAUCAAUUUUGCUGAGGUUACAAUUUGAACAACCGAGAUGCAUGUGCAGCAUGCAAAAAAGUAGUACAUCCGAUAGCCCGGGGCUAGUGGAUUUUGUUAUUGGGCUAGUAAAUUCUGUUUUUAACUUGCCCGAUGGGCAAGAGUGAUGUUUUUUGAGGAAUUGGAAUAACAGAAGAACUGUGAAAUCAAUUCUGCUAGUCAAAAAGUUUUUGGGGCUAGUUGAAAUGACAUCAAAGCUAGUAAAUGCUAGCUUCAGCUUCCUCGAAUGGCAAGCUGUAAAAAUGAUUUUCUUUGCACCCUAAUGUGUUCUUUUUACAAAAAAUGGCAGCUGCUAAUUCACCAAUGAAAGUCAAAGAAGAAUCAUGGACUUGCCAGGUCAAACGAGGCCAAAGAAAUGUCUCUAGAAUUAUGGGCAGAUUGAAAAAUGGAAUUGCCUUCGCUUCGUACCUCUCUGAUGGGGACAUCUCUGUUACGGCGGACACUAAUAAUGGUGCAAUUCUUAGUUUCUCAGUCUUUUCUUUUUAAUCCAUCAUACUUUAGGUGUACAAAGCCUGGCUGAAUUGCUGCUUAUUGGAAUAUGGUGACUCAACCAAGAUCAACGAUCUGGCUGAGGGCUUAAAAGAUGGGAUUGUGCUAUGUCAGCUGAUAAAAUUAACAACAGGAAAGGAGAUUGAUCAAAGUCAACUGGUAUUAACUUUUCAUUAUAAUUUUGUAGUUAUAUUGUGCUAAAUGCCUACUUUUCAAACUUGAGUGGAAAUUACAAGUGCCAUUCUAGGUACAGUGGAAUCAAACCCUGUUACCCUGUCACCAUACCAAAUUUCCGGCUCAAAAUAAUUUCGUGUCUUGAGGGCCAUAAGUCACUUUAGUUUAGUAGAGGUGGGUUACAUAUGGAAGUUUGACUGUAGUUAUAUUAUACAUGUAUUCAAAAAAGAAAAUUAUAAUAUUUACAAAUAAUUAUUAAAUUAUUGAGUGUUAAUUCUUUGUGCAUUAUCACAUUUCACUGAAGUUUCAGUUUCCCCAUUCAGGUUAAAGAUGAACAUAUAUCAGAGAGUACACACUUAGUGCAACUUGUUAUAGAUUACAUGAAAAGUAAAGGAAUUGAUGUCUUGUGCCAAGCUGAAGGUAAAAUUUUUAUCUUUUAAGUGCUUUCAAUUUAAUAUUAUGUUGUCCUCGGUGGAGGCACAAGAUUCUGAACCUCUCAACUUUUUCAUUUGCAUUCAUCCCCUAUUAAGCCCCCCCCCUCUCAAAUAAGCCCCCUUCCUCUAAUAAGCCCCCACCCUUUUCCCCACCCUUUUCAGAGGAAGAAAGUUAAUAAGGCCCCCUCUCUGUAAAAGCCCCCCACCCCCCACCUCCCCUCCCCUAUUUCAUCUUUACUAAUAAAUGAUAGACUGUAUUAAUCAACCACGACUGUAAAACUGCGUGCAGACUGAUCCGGGAUGGCUUACUUAUACCAACUGGAAGAUCGGAUUUGAUUCUGAUCCUCGGCUGCAUGACCUAAAACUUCUUGUACUUGAGCUUUUCCACUUUGUUUUCUAGUUCUUUAUAGAGAACUGAUACCAUCGUUGUUUCUAAAUUAAAUAAGCCCCCCCCCUCUCAAAUAAGCCCCCAUCCCUAUUAACCCCCCCCUCCCCCUCAAAUGGGCUUGAAAUAAAUAAGCACCCUGGGGGGCUUAAUAGAGGAUUUACAGUACAUAAUUAUUAUACAUGUAAUGAAAGUUUGUGAGAGCAGAAUUUGAUCGGCUUUUGAUGAAUCAUCAGUUCUAUGUUCUCCAUGAAUUGUGGGUCUUUAAGUGUACUGAGACCUAAGACAGUAGACCUACAUACAUGUACUGUGUGGUAGAACAUACAGUUAGACAGCAGACCUCAUGGGUACUCUAUAACUCUGACUGCAGAUUAACACUGCAUACUGUACACUAGACUUCAGACCUUGAUCAAAAUCUAUAUACAACGUACGUAGAACUUCAACUGCAGAACUCGACCUGCAAACCUCAGACUGCAGACCCCAGACUGUAGGCCUCAGGCUGCAGAACUCAACCUGCCGACCUCAGAAUGCAGAACUCAGACUGUGGACCUCACAGUCUGCAGAACUCGACCUGCAGACUUCAGACCAUAGACUUCACACUGCCAACUGGUGACUUUGUGAUUGAUAUUUGGAGAGAUUAAGAAUCACAUUUAAAAUGUUAAGUAAAAGGGAGAUGGUGCACAUGGACCAAAGGUCCGAACAGCCAAAGCUUAUCCCAGUUUCCUUAGCAUGGACCAUGCAGUGCCUAGGAGUAUUGCUACUCCCCCUGGAAGGGGUGCUAGUCCAUCACAGGCUUACCACCAGCAGUAUGUUGCCGGUUAAUUGGGUACCCAUUUUAAAUGCACUGGGUGAAGGGAGACAAAGUGGAGUAGGGUCCCUUGUGUAAGGACACAAUGCCACAAAAAAAUGUUCAGUGCAAAUUUCAAUAAGUACCAAGUGACCAAGUUUUCUGUUCUUGCAUGCUAGUGGAGCCACAUAUAGCAAAAAAAAUUAAUUUUGGUUAUCCAUCCAUCCGAGAAAUUUUGGUUGUCACAUGACCAUUAUUUAAUUAUGUCCGCCUGUCUCUCCACCUGGCCGUCCUCACGGACACCAGAGGGUAACCAAUGUGAAAUCUCACUUUUUCUAGCUAGUCUAGGAGGCUGCAACCUGAUUUUGCACAUCCAUUAUGUUGUGAUCAGUUGACAGCUGUCAAAACAGGGUAUCUGCUGACCAGUAUUGCAAAACCGUAUCAUGGGCUGAGGUGUCGACCCAUUGAGGCUGGGUGUUUCUUUUUUGUAAUUAUCUGCUGACAAGUUACAUUUUACUAGUUUUCAAGUGAUCGCAGGCUCAGGUUCUUUUCCUCUUUUUUUCUUUAAUUUUUAUCUUUUCACGCUUUCUUUUUCUUUCUUUUGGUCUCAGACAUUUCAAGUGGGAAGCUCAAAUUUAUCCUGGACAUCCUGUGGCUUAUCAUCUUACAUUUUGAAAUUCACAGUGCAAGUUAGUACAUGUUCUACAGUGCAGCCUCUAUCGAGGGGACACCCUCAUGACCGAGGCAAGUGCCCCCUGAAUAGAGGUUGGGCUGGGUUUUUUUAAUAAUUAACCAACAAAAAAAAUUAUUCUUCCUUAAGGAAACUUAAUAAGCAGCCAUUAUUUCAACCAGCUGGAUAAUGUACAAAAAGUCAUGGUUAACUUUGUUAAUUCAGUGAUUUUGUUUGUUGAAUUCCCUCAAGUACAGUACAUGGAUUUAUGUGAGAUGGGCUGUGUACACAACACUCUUUGUGGUCAGGUACAUUUUGAGAGCUAAGACACUUCCCCUAAACCCUGAAUGGAGGUUAGUCUCGUUCUCCUGAAUAGAGAUGUCCCUUCAAUAGAGGUGUCCCAAAGGAGAAGUUCCAGAAUGCCUUACAACCUCAGUAUUCCUUACAUUACAUACAUUUUAUCUCUGGCUAUUUAUAAGUUGUGGUAGGCAGCAGAGUUAGUUCUGCCUGUAUACUACACAUCCUUACUGUACAAACCUUUGCAGAUGGCGCAAUCUGAUUAUUAUAAAUUUUACUAGAAGUGCACUUGUACAGAAUACAGUUCUGUACUUAGUGAAGCUAAGUCUAGUAAAUUUUUUGUGUUCCUUAAUUCUUAGAUCGCGCAGCGUAUCAGAGGACAGUCAAUUUAGGCAAGAGGUUCCUUUUAGAAUGGUGCCUUACAGAAAUUCCAAGCUCAGCAAUUGACCCAAGAGGACCAUUUUUGGACUUGUAAGUCAAGAGGUUUCUUUAGUUCAGUUAAAGGAGCUACCUCACGGCUGUCUACUUGAUUUUGUUAUUCAUACUAAUUACAGCCGUCCUUAUUAGCUAUGGAACUUGAAAAAAUUACCUGCAAAUGGCAAAAUCAGAGCAUCGUGUCAAACAUUUUGUCUCCAGACCAUUAAUGUAAUUAUCAAACGUUACAAAGAAAAAAACUAAACUUAGAAAAAAGUGUUAGACUAAAACCACGAUCGCAAUCCGUUUCAGCUAGGCCCUAUCCACAAGUAUCCGUAUUUUUCUCUGUUUUUAAAAAUAUUCGCUUCCAGACGUAACGUAUUCGAAUGACACGAAAACGCAUACUAUACGAUGAAAACAGGAGAGCAGCUUCACUUGUGGAGCAAACGUAAUUCUCGUAGUAUCGCAUUUUCUCAAUUAAACGCCCCGGGCGUUUAAUUCAACAUUGGUCUUGUGAACCCGGCGUUUGUUUAAAUCUGCAGUUUGUUCUGGCCUGCUGCAUCUAGAGAAAACUUAGGAAAUUAAGACACCAUGAAUCGUAUUCGAAAAACUCCGUUUUCGUCCGUCCACUCGUAAACGAGAAGCAGGUGUUUUCAAAAAUCCUAACCCUGGAGUGCGCUUUCGGUGACCGUUUUCACCGGAUACGUGUGGAUGGAAGGCCAAACCGGAGAAAAAAAAUUUCCGGUGCCUACUUUGCAUUUCAAAGCUCUGUCAUUUAUACCUUCUUUUGUACUUUGGAGGAGUUACUUCUGUUUCACUCAAUUUCGUGACAGUUCGACGGUUCGAAUUUUGAUAAACGUCUUGACACAGCUCCUUUUAAUGUUAAUUUUUAUUUGCUGUUGAAGUCUGACAGACGUUUUUUUUUUUCUUGCUUGUUUUAGUUUUACAUAAGUUUACGUGAGUAUUUUUUGACUCUACAUGCAUUUGCCACUGUUAAGUUUGAUCCCGGGUUAAUUUUACCACUGGCAAUUGCACAAUUGAAAUAAAUAAAUAGCUUGUAAAAAAAAAAAAUCCGGAUAUUUACGUUUUUUUUUCGCCUCUCUUCACGUAGAAAUAUAAUCAGGAUAGAUCUAGAUCAAUCUAUUGACAUUUGUGAUCCCAGUUCGUGGAGUUCACGUGAUUGAAGUUCGUGACUGUUCUAGUGUGCUAACAAUGAGAACAGUACAAUACACACUUGACAACUGACAGCAAAGUUAUCAAAUUACUUGUAUUCGUGAUUAACGGUUUUUUUUUUAAUAAAGCGGUUUAAAAAAAACCCAGAACCAUCCAAACAUUGCGUAUUUCCCGUUCGUGUUGUAUUUUCCCCGGUAUUAUGACAGGGAAUUUUAAUACAUGUACAUUAGUCUACCUUGUCCGCAUAGCGUUUCAUUUUCAGUAUAAGCCCUUGAUAGAGAACACAAUUGCAACUGAUUCUGUUUUCACAUCACUACGUUGCGUGAUUUUCUGUUUGACGAUAGCAAAUGAAGCGGAAAAUCGAGCAGUACUUCACUGAAAAGUAAGGCUGUCUAGCUAUACAGUUUAGUUUCCUCUGUCACGUUUAAAGUCAAUCAAUUCUUUUAAUUUGGUAGGGGUAGACCGAAACAGUAAUCUGUAGCUUGACAAAGUGGCAAAAACGUCUCGUCAAAAAACUUAAAGCUCCAACAGGACGUAGCUAGCAGAAGUCGCCUUUUGUACCAAACUUGGCUAGCCGAGAGUUUGUCGAGUGUCAGGAGGUGACAAAAACUGGGCAGAGAGGUUUUUACUAAAGCAAAGAGUUUUGCGGUAUAGAUUGCUUUAAGGAAGUCGUGUCCUUUAGGAAUACUAGAAAAAGCGUCUUUUUCCUUAAGGAGCCGAAUCAGAGAAAACAGAAGUCAAAACAUCACAGUGAGAUGAUCUUUGUCUUAGCUCGUUUUGUCUCUGCUAAUAUCCUAUACUGCGAAGAGUUUACGAAUCGGUCUUGAAACAGACUAUUUUGAGUUGGGCUCCAGUAGCCUGGCUGCAUUGCUCUCAUACUAGCGCCCUAGAUCAGUGAACACGGCAUUGGGUGAACGCGAUUUUAUUGAAAUAAAUUUUAUAUAUAUAUAUAUUUACAAGCCAGUUGUUUUUAUAGCUGCUAAUACACUCAGAACGUCUUUGCAAAUUUAAUUGUAUAUAGAAAGUAAAUAUUUUUAGUCUUCAGGAUGGCGUCUUGCUUACUAAGCUUAUCGCGAAAUACUGUACAGUGGAUGGAGUCGACCCAAGCGAUUUGCAGGUAUUGAAAAUAAAGUGGAACUUCCAGUAAGCGGCCACCCUCGGGGUUGGUAAGUGCUCGCUUAGUGGAGGCUGGCCGCUCAGUAGAGGCUCGUUAUAAAUCCGCAUAAUCUUUAGCAGAAGGAUUACCUUAGUCUGAAACAAACACGCGAUGGGAGUAGCAUUACUGGUGCACAAUCGGUCUUCACCUUCUAUCUCGUUAUUUAUUUUCCUUCAUCAUAUUCUUCAAAUAAAUCCAAAUUAAGUGUAUCACGGGCUUGAUGGCCACCGCUUAACCCUUUCACUGCUAAAUGUGGCCAAAGGCAAGUUUCGACCAAAUUUCAUUUUCCAAAAUUGUGGGAAACAAAUAGCAUCAUGUGAAAGUACAGGCAGAAUGGUAACACCAUAGGAUUUCGUCCACAGACUCAAAAUUUAGAGUCACCUUACAAAACUCCAUCAAACACUCUGGAAGUGAAAGGGUUCAUAGAGGUGAAAGCUUUGGAAGAACCGUCUUUUUGGGACCACCAAAAGGUGGCCGUGGCCGCUUAAUAGAGGUUAAGUUUACUAAAUUCCCCAUUCUUUUCUACAAUUAUUUCGGGGCUUUGGCUACUCGCCGCUUAACAGAAGGUGGCCGCUUAACGUAAGUUCAACUGUAACGUCUGUUUUAGAUACAUGUACUUUGGUUGACCUCUUCUAUUCUCUGUGUUAUAUCUCGAUCUUAGGGUACCUGUGUUCAAACAGAUGAAACAUGCGCAAAAACAUUGUUUGAUAUUCAAUUUGUCUAUCUUUUAAGGCAAUAGACAAGAGCACCCUCCUCAAGGUUUUGAUGGCUGCUGAGGCCCAACUUGGUAUUCCAAGUGCAAUACUCAGGUACAAUACCUUGUGAGACCACCGGAUACCCAAACGUUUUAGAGGCUUUUCCUUCUAAUGCAAUAAAAGCGAAAUGAUUUUCUGUCCUUUUGAGUCUUUCCUUGGCGCAUUGGAAACUGGGAUCGAUAUUACAGACCGGUAAAAAUUACGCACAGUGGAAAUCCACCCUUGGCAACAUUUGUGAUCUUUUAAUUUAAAACGCAAGGUUUUUGCAUUAGUUUCCCUCUUUUUUGUAUAUAUUUUUGUAUUUUUUUUGUAUUUUUUUUUUUUUUGCUAGCCGUGAAAAGAGAGCAACUGUUCUAUUAGCCGAUGGUGCCCGGUACUGUCCAAAUACGCAAUAUAUAGAUUUAGCCAGGGCUUAAAGCGAAGCUCUGGUUAAUAAUACGUGUAAACAAAAAAAAUUAAAUCGGAACGACAAUGAAAAUGGCUUCAAGACUAAGAGAUCUAAUUAGCAAAAAAAAAAUUGCACGUGCAGCACACUUUUUCUUCUAAUUAGCAAAAAACAAAUUUGCACGUGCAGCAGGCCUUAUUUUUGUCUUUCCCUUGCCGUUGUUUUGCACGACUGCAACGGUGUUUUGUACGACUAAAACGUCAAACUUCCUAGUUACACAUUAUUUUUAUGGAGGAAUUGUCGUAUGUGCUUACCCAAUAUUUUGUUUCCUGUGUUCAUGUUCCCUUUUAUUUUUCACUGCUGCUCAUUUUCACCUUGCUGGCCGCUAGCAUCUCUCACCGCCGCUUUGAAUAUCCAUGUUUUUCUUCCUACGAAAUUCGUCUCCUUUGUUUUCAAUAACUCGCUCUAGGUCUUUCUCUGUUAUCCACGUUAGUGUAAACAUAAAAAGUAACGCCGAAAAAGACACGACUUUGUGGUUGUUAUUUCUUUCUAAAAGUCAGGGCGGCCAUGUGAUUUCUUUGCAUUUGGGUUCCCAUAACUGUUGACUGAGUUAUUUUACGUUGGUAUGCCUGUGGUGCGGCGGACGGUCGCUCGCUCGGUGUACGGUCACGUGAUUACAAAAUUUUCUCGGAUGGGUAGAUUGCCACAUUUCCUUAGCUAUGGGGCGCCGCGCGUGGAGCUCUGCUAUUAAGCAUGACCUGAACUGUCCAAUUAGUGAGGCGUAGCGUGUACUACUGUCCCAUUACGUCUUUGGCCUUUCAAUGCUGAAAUCAGGGCGGAAAUUAGACACAAAAGAAUUUUGUGAUAGUUCAACAGCAUCUCUCUCGACUAGUAACUCGCUGUCUUCUCAAGAUGAUGCCUUCUUUAGGUCACCUGACCAUGCAGGUCUCGUGACAGGAGACUAAGCAGCGCGGACGCGACCUUGUACAUACAUGUAUAUGUAUAUAAAUCAUCUAUUUUUUUUUAUUUGCUUUUAGAUAAACACCCCUAAGGAUAUAUUUUUAUCCUGAAAGAGUAGUCGAUAGUUUUAUUAAUAAUCAUCGUAAUUUUUAAUUGUCAUGCGCUUUUGAUUAUUUUUAUAGAAAAAGCGCGCACUAUAAAUAAUAAAUGUUGUUGUUCGGUGUUGUUACUGUUGCUGUUGAGGACAUCAGAUAAACAUGUGAUGGUAUGUUACUCUUCUAGUUCGUCUGGUAUUCUGGACGAUGAUACAUUUGACGAGUACGCAGUGGUGAUUUAUAUGGCUGUGUUACGACGGAAGGUGAGUUCUUACAAUUGAUUAGUGCAGAUAUUUGCACUUUGGCGAGCAACCCAAUUCCUUUGGAAUAGGGUCAGUCCAUUUAAUACACACAUACCUCCGGCGUUGACGAAGGACUUUGAAAUUCUCCUCCAUCAGAAAAAUGCUUUUUCCGCAACAGCCCUUAGAAAAAUUCAUUGAUGAACAUAUAUCCCUUCAGAAAAUUUUCCGUACGAGUCUAAUAGCUCUAUAUAUUUUUUUCUUUUCUACUUGUUACCCGCAGAAAAUCUGGCCUUUAGUCUUACGACCUUCAGAAAUUAUUUUUUUAGCUUUUUUGCUGCUUCUCAGAAAAUCUGGUCUUCAGUCCUACAACCUUAAGAAAUUGCACGUUUUUGUAUGCAUCUUCAUCUUGCAUCUUAUCUGGCCGGUAAACCAGUCACAAGAGCAUUUCCUUUAACACUGAUUUACUUAACAUCUGCUUAGAGUCGAUGUCGUGUCGAGUUUUGACUGUUUAGCAAUCCCUCUCAAUAUUUUCGAGAAAUGAUGCGACACUUGGGCCUUGUGAGGAAUUUUAAACUCAUUAAAGUGACCGAGUAUUCAAGUUAGACUUUUUUCAUGAUCGAUGUUUUCCUUCUAACAUUUUGGCAUAAUCAUGAAACUACAGAAACUGGAAUUUCUGUUUGUUUUCGUUUCAAGUCUGUUUGCAGGUUAUUGUUUGUUCUGAAAUGCGUGACAGCUCCACCCCCCUCUAAAGAGAAAUGGUCGUCCCCUAAGCUUUGCCACAACAUUGUCUAACUUUUUUCUGUUCUUGAAGUGACACGCUGUAUCUCUUUUGGGUGAAUUCGAGAAAGAGCAGUGGUCUUGUAGUUAUCUGUCUCUAGGUUGGACACGGCUUGAAUUGGCACAAAGAGUCCGUGUUACGUUAAAUACGUCGAGUGAUCAACGUUAAUUUUCUCCUAAAAAUAUCUUUUCAUAAACAACGCAAAAGAUAAAGAGAAUCAAUAAAAUCAUCACCAAGUUAAAAGUCUUUUGAUCUUUUAACAAAUUAUCGCAACUUUUUUUUACAAGCAAAAAAGAGUCAGGGACUUAAGAAUGGGAGGGAGAAUUCUAAGUGUUAGAAAGUGGUUCCUCCGUUAUGCAACAAACACCCUUUUGGCAUUUUUACACGAGAUUCGUGAAUUGUAGACACGUGCAUAGUGUACGUAGUCAUUACCAGAUAAUGUCGGAUGUCAAUUAUUAAUAAUUAUGCUUACUCCUAACAACCGAAGGCAUUUUUUAAUUUGUAUAAUGUAAUCUCCUAUUCAAUAGCGUUAAUCACAUUAGACAGACAAUGUUUUGCGUAUAUACCUGAUUGUAGAAACGUCGCUUUCAAAAAAGUAUAAACCAUGAACGACGAGGCUUCAAGGAUUUAUGGGUAUUUUUUUGUCAGUCGAGAUUUCAAAAAAGAAAAGCUUGCAUUAUCACGAGCUUCUCAUGCGGAUGAAAAUCACUGUAGUUUAUUUUAGCCAUGCCGCGUUUUUUCUUCAAAUCUUUCCUGAAAACCUUUAGGUCGCACCUUAUGAUUUCAAAGUGUACGCUGGCGAUGUUGCUAUGCUCAGUAACUAGAGAGAUCUCUCUGAACAAACGUGUGUCUAUAGGUGAAGUUGUAGGCUUAUCGCCAAGAAAAGUGGAAACGGUUUGAACCUUGUUCAAACUCGUGAAGCUCAUGCCUAUUGUAAGCGUUUCUAAUAAGAACUUUUAGUUUUGCCAUGUUGAUAAUUUUCUACCCAUAAAUCCAUUAUACGUUUCAUGCCAUGACACUUUUUUCAAUCAGCUGUAUGUAGCAACGUCCGACCGAAUCGUAAGAACCUUUUUUGUUGUGGUAAAGAAUAGAAACAAAAAGAGCAGAUUAAGGAAAGUCGUUAUUCGCAAUCUAUGGGGAUAAAAUAACGCUAUUGAAAGUGGAUAUUCCUGAGCACAGUGGUCCUUCGAGCCGGGCACUAUGCCAGGCUAGCGAAGACCGACCAAGAUGGUCAGUUGAAGUUGCCAGUAGAGAAAGUCAUUCCCUAUGGCAGGAAAAAGAAGGAGAUCGAAAAGAAGCAAAAAAAAUCCGAGCGGGUCAUAGAAGUUCUGGAAGAAAGUUACUGAUUUUUUUACGUGGAUGAUGGAACCGCGAACUGUUGUGCAUACCAAGCGCUGCUAUGGGAACUUUCCGGUCUCUUUGGUCAAACAUGCCCAGGAAAACUGUCAGAAAAUUCCGGAUUUAAAGGAAAGGUUUACCGAGUGUAUCAAUUGGAGUGUAUAAAGAUGUUUUUUCAUAGCAAAAGUGGCUGAGAACGGCAGUGAUCUGUCUCAGUAUGAGCAGUUUUUCAGUUAAGUCCUACUGCUCGUGAAUUCUACGUUUUGCCCGACCAGAAAGAUGCCACACCUAGAACGAUUAGUCCUAGCAGUUUGUACCGAUGUAUAUGUAAGCGCGAUGAGCGAGUUGCGUUACAAACAGCACAGGCAUGUAUAGUAAUCCGCUGACAGGUCGACCCUUUCAGGGUCAGGUUUUUUUUUUUUUCUCGAUUCUGAAAGUCGUCGCCCGUUCAUUGCUUCUUCUAAAACCGCUCGUUGAACGCAGCUUUCUGUUAGGCAGGAUUGGCGGCGAAUCAGUGCCUUUGGACAGCGCUCUAUGGAGACGUCUUUACCAGUUAUUGCCCAGGUGAGUCCCUUUGAGACCAAAAGAUUGAAGAAAAUCCAAAGAGGGGCCCAUGUAGUUUCCAGAAUAUGAGCAUCCAUAACGGCCAUAUAGAAUUGGCUAUACCUUUUUUUAAGGUAAGUGUCGUCCCCAUGUAGCGGGUCUGUGGCUCUUCGUUGCAUGUAAGGGAUGUGAAGAAUUGGAAGUAGGACGGCAUUUUAGUGGGUGCAGAGCAUCUGUUAAAUUUUCAAUACUGCGGAAUGUAUGAUCACGGGAAAAACCUGAUGAGCCGGAAGCAGUGGAAGGAGAAUAAGGAUUUAUUCUCUCGAACCAUGAAAAACCAAACAUGCAACGCCGUUCAAUCAACAUAUGUAAAAGUCUCCUUCAGUCUGAAUGUACUUGACUUGAAGGUUUACAGCAAAUUCCUCAAAUUGCGGACUUAAAAAGGCUGAUUUUAAACCGCUUUUCGGCAAGGUUCAGGUGGAGGUCAGUGAAAGAAUUUCAUCUGACGGGAUUUACAUCACCAAGCUGCCAUCAUUCGAAGAGAGGCCCUCAACAACCAAGGUAAGAAGUGUUAACGAUGAUGCCUCCUCGAAGGAGAAAAGCGUCAGGUACGUCUCUGAAUGAUUGCCUUCAUAUGCAUGGGAUCGUCGCUUAAUCGGUUACAGUCAACUACCAUUAAUGAAUGUACCCUAACGACGACUGGGUGUUCAUGUCACGUCCAUAAUUUAUUUGUGCCUGGGAGCUAGCUGCCCGUAGUGUCGGGAAUUCCGUAUGAGUCAGUGAGGUGCUAGGUGCUUGUCCGCGAGUCAAGAGUUGACGAUAUUAUAUGGAAUGCGUACAUGCCACGAUUUCGUGAAAAUAGGAUGGCGCAUGGGUACGUGUGUGAGGCAGUCAAAGGAUGCUUUUCUCAUUGUCAAUGUGGACAAGAGUAAACAGGGGCGCACUCUUUUGUUUCGAGGACUCCUUGGACUUGUCAAGGACCGUGAUUUUUUCGAUUUUGACGUGUUGUUUUUCGAUAUAAAUUUACAAUCUGUUUUCGUUCAUGCAACAUAAAAUUGAGACAUUACGUAACAAGUUCCACCAAAGUUGACCCUGAAUUCGUAAGGAAAUUGAUAUAGUCAUUUGAUGUUGCUUGAUAAUUUCGUGAGGAAAGGUGUAACCUCAAAAGAAGUUAGGGUUCUGUAUGAAACAAGCUGCACUUGAAUGUCGAGGGGAUUCCAGGAAUGGGUAACGUUGAUAGUUUGAGAGAUAAAGUCUCAACCGAUUCAGAUGACAGAGAAGAGGACGACAGCUACGCAAAAACCUCCUGGCAUAUGUCAUCGGGGAUUUAAGACCGGAAGGUAUCGGGUGUAUUGUGGGGUGUAUUGUGGGGCGUAUUGUGGGAUUUUGGCCAAGAGACAAGAAUUCUUGAUUUAGCCGUAAUUGCAAAUCGUGAUGAAGAUCUACCGACAAUUGUUGGGACUAUAGGACCGUUAACGAUAGGCAUUCUUUUGAAGCCUCGUGUCUACAUUAGACAUUAACGCCUGUUUGUAUGGAAGUGGGGGACCCUGGAUAAGUGAGGUAAUAUGUUAACGUGAGAACGUGAUCAGAUUAAAAUGAGAGAUUAUAUGAACAGGCGGGUUACCUCGUCAACCUGGGUUGCCCACCUCCAUAUAAACAUGCCCUUACAAAACGCGACGGUAAGAAAGCAAUUAAUAAAGAUGAGAAAAGAGCUGACUGUUACCGCUCUUUGGGAAGAAAUUACAGUACUUGUAAAAGGCAAAAUAACAGUUUCGUGACAAAAAAUACGUCUCCUGAGAGUUAUUUUCAAAGUCACAAAGAGUAGAGACAAACUUUGAAAAACUGUCAAGCUUAACAGUACGCAUGCCUCGGCAUUUAUUCCUUCUAACCUUUCAGUUUGCACAUCCGUAGCUUUUUUUUGUUUUUUGCUUUGUUAUUUAAACCUUCCUUUUAUAUUAUAAGCUGUUAUUCAAUUAGCGAAGGAAUUGUGAGAUGCAAGAAGCGCUUAUAGAACAGGGGCACCUAACGAGAGUAUAGUCCAAAACCACUUAAACAUAGCAUUGUUAAACGUAUUUUAGUAUUGAAACGGUAGAUAUGGGCAUAUUUAUAUCCCCUAAAAAUUUUUUAUCUGUUCGGAUUUCCUAGCUGAAAGUCUAGUGAUCCGGAAAUUAUAGGGAUCAAAACUUACCUUUUCGAAAAUUCUAGGUGACCUUUUUAGGGUAAAAAUCCGUUAAAACUGUGCAAUUAUACCAUUUUUUAGAUGCUCGAAAAUUCUAGGAGAGGCAGGCAAGCAAGAAAUUUUACAACAAAUGUUCCGAAAAUUCUAGAUCUCAAAUCGUCUUCCGAACAUAUAUUUUCCGAAACUUGACGUAGAAUUACAGAUGAUGGCAAAGUAACCACGGAAUCCAAGAAUCGACAAGAAUGUCCUGUAAGAAUUAUCUGUGGUGUCAUGCCGGAUUCUGGAUUCAAGGCUGUGGAUUCCGGAUUCCUUGAGCUGAAUUCUGGAUUCCACCAUCAACAAAAAUUUCCUGAAUUCCGGAAUCCGGAGUACCUUGUCCUUACAUGGCGCGAGUAGUACCUUACAUGGGGCGAGUGUUACCUCUCUGUAAGCUGGAAAAGUGUCGAAGCCCGCUUAUUUUAAUUUUCUUACCGCCUGCAGAUUUGUGCUAUGAAAGGCGAGGAACCAAUGAAGGGUGGAGCAAAACAGGAGCAGUCACCUUCCAAACCGAGAAAUCACGCAAAUGGGGACGCGGUACAAAACUAUUCUCCUAGCAAAUUUCCGCAUAAUAAAGCAACGCUGGAUAACUCACCCCGUAAGUAAAUCUUAUGAUGAUUUCGUGAAUAUUCUUAAGAAACCGGCAUUUCAGUCAUGCAAAAAAUAUAUACAUAUAAAAAAUCCCCUCUGUUUUCUUCAUUUACCCUCCAUUUCCAGGAUUAAAAAAAAUCAGAUUUCGUAAACAACGUAGGGUGAUCGAAAAUGUAGCCUUGUAAAUACCCAUGACCUGUGACAUACACGUAACAGAAGCUGUGCUAAGGAAUAGUUACGUGAAAAAUCGUUGUGAUCUUUGUAAUUUGUGUUUAUUUUUUGUUUUUGGACAGUGUCUCCUCUGGCUCUGAGGAAUCUCGUUGAUCAACACACAAAGUCUCAUGCAGCAAUUCAAGUAAGUUACAUCAAAUGUUCGCAAUGUACUUUUUCUAAAAAAAAGUGUAUUCGAUUUGUUUGAGGUCGACACUUUGGGUCGGUUAUUUAGGUCUAUUGAAACGAAGUCUAACCUUAGAUCCGCGCUGUUGAGGAAAUCUUUGAACCUCCAGAUCUUCACGGUGACGUCAUCAGAUUGCAAAGUCAAAAAAGCGAGGUUUUACGAAUUCUUAUUUACACUAGGUUGAAGAUUAAUAGGAAAUAAAUCUUUGUACAAGUUUCCAGCCACGAAGCAUGUUUCAUUUCGAAAAUACAGCAGUUUAAACUUCCGAGUUUUCACAGUGCGUGACACCAAAAUAGGAAUGCUAUCUCCUUGAAAAAAGUCUCUCCGCUUGAUUUUCAGCAGUUUAACCAUUUCAAGUAUUAGAAGAUAUGUUUAUGCGCAAGUAUGCUAGUUCUCGAGUGAAAAGGAGGAGCUUUUAUAGAAAGAGUGAACUCCAGAUGUUUUUGUUGAUUUCCGGCGGCCAUAUUGGUGGACAGUUUCUGUCCACCAAUAUGGCGUCUCCAUACAAAGCUCUACAAAGGUGCGUGAAAUGUUUCGGCAACUAACUGAGAAACUGUGGGCCACAAAGACCUGAGAUUUGGACAAAUUAUUUAUAUAUUAGUCUUUUAUAACAUUUCAUUUUCUUGGCUUCUUCCACUGGACGGUUUCAAAUGUAUUUUUUUGUGCCGUGUUUAUUGCGUGACAGUGAAAACGAAGAAUUGGUUUUUGAGACUAAUGCUUUUCCAGUCCACUUUACAUGCUUUAAUGUUCACGAUAAAUGGUGUUGACAUAAAAGCGUCCACCAAACUGAAAAUGUCUUAGAACGCGGCUAUGUUAAACACUGGCUAAACUCCGUUUAAAUAACUGGCCUAUUGUUUUUAACAGUCUCACGCUAUUUUUUGACGACCUGGAUAAUAUACUAAGUCAAAUCAAAUCAAGUCAAUUUUUAUUUAUUUCACACUGAAUAUUUUAAAAAUAAAAAUAUGUGACAACGGGUCGUCUGCAGAAAAAAAAAAACACUAAAAAAGAUCUCGUAUUUAUGCGUUUGAGAAACUCUGAUGAAAACGUGAAGAACGUGCAUGUCAAUCUGUCCGAUGAUAACAUCAACAACUCUUUAGGCUGCUUGUAUUGAGUGUGGAAACUGAAAAAAAAGCUUAAAUCUGUCCUUAACCGUAACCAACAUUAAUAUAUCAUGGCUGAAUCCGCCAGCGGGUAAGGUGAAGAAAAUCUUGCGUUUUAUUGGCCACCCGACCGGGCGCUUUGAAGAUGGGCCCAUCUUGCCUGCUCGGGAUUUCCUGCGUUGGUCCCGCAAGAAAAAGUUCUCUUUUUGGCUGUAUAAUAAAUCCUUUAUUGACCAAGCCCCAGACGGUUGGAUAUUGGCCUCGUACUUUUUUGCGUUUUCAUUGACCUCGACCUCGUGUCGGUCAAUAAAAACGCAAAAAAGAACUUGGCCAAUAUCGGGCCAUCUUGACCUAACGCUUGGCCAAUACGCUCAAGAAACUACUGCUGCUACUGUAGCGAUUAAACAGUAAAAUGCAAGAAACAACUUUUUACAAUACAGGAAAGUAUGGCCCAUACCCUUCGAAUGAGUUGUCUUUUUCUUUUUUUUUUUUGUCACGCUUGAGAAAUUUAUGUACUGGGACUAGAAGCUAUUACCUGUUUAUGCAUAAUAAUCAACACCUGUUGAACGCACUGCUCGCUAGCUUUGAUUUGAAUGGUCACACUUAUAGAAUUCAUCCAGAUACUAAAAAGUUAGAGCCCUUGUUGAUUGAAAUAACCAGUGCCAGAGGAAAAUACUGCCCGCUUUAAAAAUUUUUUCACUGCAUAGUCACGUUUCUUAAUGAGUAAGAGAAACACGCACCGUUUGAGAUGUAGUUAGCAUAAUCAUUGACGUCUCAGUAAGUCACGUUUCGGGCCUUGUUCUUAAACAUGGAACAUAAGUGCGCUUUUCUCGGAACGAUAAACAGCGCUGCAGGAAAGGCUUGUUGCAGGUUUUAUUUAACUGUGCAGGAGAGAGGGUUUUGAAAGACUAAGAGUUAACUUCCUUGAAGCGGAAGUGGCAGUAAGAGGGUGGUGAUUGUUUAGAAGGGCGAGGGAGUCAGUAAACAAAAUGUUAUCUUGUCCAAACGAUCGACCCAUGCGACCCCUCAAUCAGGUGGAAAUGAAGUUAGAUAUAAAUUUAUGCGAUCUGUGACUAGUUAUAUGCAAGCAUGUUGCAACAGUCAACUUCCUAUACAAACUGUUAAACCUAUUGUUACGCACUUUUUGAGGAAGGGAAAAUGUUAUCUUUUUUGAACGAGAAAACCCCGCCGGGUCUGUUCUGGAAGUUUUAUGCAAAUUAACAGCCUUUGUUUUUCGAUCAUAUAUGCAGUCUGUUCAUGUGUGAAAUAUUUUUGUUUCCUCUGUUAACGAAUCUCUGAUUUGCAAAUGCGAUACCUUAAAACCCAUUUGGAAAAUUGAACCUAAACAUUUCGAAGCGAGAAAGUAACUGGCAUCAUCAGAAAGUGUCUUUGGUGUGAAUCGCAAAUGUUUUCCCACAGUUAGCGUUAUGUUUAAGCAAUUUAAUUCUAAAGAAAUCGUCUUUUCUUUGUUUCGCUUCCCGAAACGCUCCACUGCAAACCUGUGCAAUUUCAAUAAAAUUAAUAUCGACCAUUCUUCGAGCUGUUAAGGCUAUUUUGCUUUUGAAAACAAAAGGCUUGCUACUUUUAGUAAGCGCUCUGAGUGAUGUUGAAAAAUAGGUGCUGAUUUAAGUUCUUGUUAUUGACCAGUUUCCUCAAAUUAGGUAAGCAUUUAAUAGUUAACUUACUUUUCGCCUAGUUUUUGAGAAAAAAACAGAUUGCAAUCUUUACUUUUGCAAAUGCAAACUUUGUCUUAAUUUAGAUCCACCUCUUAAACCUGUGAGCGAGAUCCAUAUUUCCCUUCUGUCAAAGCUAUACGUAUACAGCAGUGAGAUAUUUUGCAACAGUACGCCAUGUAUUAUACCUUUUACCCUUGUAUAUGUGCUUCUAUAGUUCCCCGUUCGACUUUAGAACGAAAGUAGCAGUUAACUUGUUCUCUCCCGAUGCAAAUGAAGUGUGCAAGGUUAUGCAGGGAGACAAAAUGUCAAGUUUUGGCCAUAGGGGCUUCAGCUUUGAGCAGUGCUUCUUUUCGCAUCUGCUUUUGCCUCCUAUACCUUGGGGGACUGCUGUUCUAUUUAAGCUGUUUAAUAGUAGCAUACAAUAACGCCAUAUCUCCUGAAAUGAUCGAUUCAUUUGGAAAGUUGCUAUUUUUAUAUCUAACUUAGAGCCAGAAAAGCCAGGUUUAAAUGUUAGGGAUCUUUACGUUAUCCUUUUCACAAAAAAAAAUUACCUGGUUAAAAGGUUGUGAAUUGAGAAAGUGUUGGUUUUUCGAAUUUUCGCGAAAGACGUGAACUGUUUCAAGGCGGAACGUAUUGUACUAGACAUUUCGCGUGUGAAGGGCCAAUUUGUCAAAAGCUUCCAAAAUAUUUGCCCUUCCACUAUCUAUAUAUUAAUCACGUAAUAAAAUAAGGUUAAGUGUGAAAUAACUAUUGAAUACUUUGUGUUCUUUGAACUGCGCUUUUUUUCCCUUUGUGGGAACCAGUAUUGGGAUAAAGAAAACGUUCCGUGAUUGUGCUGAACGUAGAUAGCGUGUAGUUAUGACAAAUUCGAAAGAAACUGCGUUCCAUGACGCAAAGACAUCAAAACACCAUUAUAGAUUGGUCUGUUUUAUUCUACGUGGGGGGACUUGGCUACCAAUAUUACUUGAUUUGCGUGUUGACUAUUUAAUCUGAUCCCCAAGGAUUGUCUUUUGAUUUUCAUUUCGUUAAAUGUGCUCCUUUCAUCUUAAAGGCCUUACAAGAACGAAUACAGUCAGGGACAAACCAGGCUACAACACCACGGCUUCAAAAGGUAACUGAUAAACAUUUUUUUAAUCCUUGUAGUGGUCUGAUAAUGUGGAAAAAUUCGCGAAAAGAUCGAAAUAUCUUUCUUUAAAAUGGUAUGAAAGAAACACCUGUAUCCAAAAGUUCUCCUUAAGCGAUUUUAUUUGAAUGGUAACACCAUGGGAUUUCAUCUGCAUAUCUAAAACUUAAAGUGAAGGAUCAUCUCGCCCUAACUUGAUCUAGGAGCCCGAAGAGCUGAAACUUUCGUUGUGAAAUUAGUGUGAAACUUACUGCCAAAAGAGUCUUAAAGAAAAUAUUUUGAACAAAAUUAAAUCUGUCCCUUUUAGCCAAGAACGGUUUAAUUCUAUCAUUUAACGCAUCUCGAUUAGCAUUUCAAAAUCGACGUAAAAUGAAAACGACCUUUUCAUGUGUCUUUGUUUGACUCUAUACACAAGGCUCACCUACAUUUGAUCUGCUGAUAGGUAACCACGAUUAAUUUUGAUCCUAACACUUACAAAGUGAUUCAAUAUCAGAAUUCAUCUUUAAGUAAAUUGUACUGCAUAAAGCCUCUUGAAAUUUAGUCUCUAUUAAAUUUUACUGGGAAUAUCCUUUGGCUCCGUUUGAAAGGAAGGGCUAUUUAAAACUGGCUAAUUUCUUAAGGAAAUGGCUUACCACGCGAAUAUACAUCAAUUAUCUUUAAGUUUCAUCCGAAAAAGCUUAAUAAAAGAAAAAUAUACGCUGAGCAUAGUCUUAUUACUACGCUUCAUAAAUCACGCUUUCUCACCAACAGCCUCCUCGCUGUAGACAAGGCCUAAACAGUUAUAAACGAAAAAACAUGAUUCACCGGUCCAGAGACUAUUUCAAUUCAGUACAGUUACUUUGUGCAAAGCAGUCAUUGGGCUAACCACUUGCGAAUAUGAGGGCACGAAUUGAACGGCAACUGAAAACCAAUAUCAUUACAACAGAGACUUUCCAUUCUUUACAUUGCGGUAGUUCGCUUACAUAGCGAUGUUUUUUGAUACUUUACUAGAUGGCUCCACCUCUCCCCUCUCACUGCUCUUAUCGUUGCUGUUAACCAGCAACAAGCAUUAUUGAAAAUAAUUUAUAAAAAGAGCAUUCAUGACAAGUUUAAAUUUAUCAUAGAGAAUCUAAGGAUGGUUGCAUUGAUUUGCAUGCGCUACUUCAAAAUGAACUGAACUUCAUUAUAACUUGCUUAAAUAUCGCUAUAGCGUAUUAUAGUGAUCUGUCAAGGCGUUAAAAUUCUCGAGCCAUCAAUCAGCCACCAUGCUGUUUUUCUCCCUGUAACUCGCGUUUUUUCGAUGUCGAAGAUCUAAAUCAUCAGAACAGGCUAGAAUAUCACAAAUCCAGCCUUGUCAUUACGUAUGUCUUAAGCCAUCAGAUGGCAGUUUUCUUAAUGCUUAAUUAUAGGUGUGGUUCUUUUUUCAUUAAUAUCUUUUCAAUCCUUAUAAUAAAGCUUAAAUUAAAUUGAUCUUCACUUCCCGUCGCGAAUAGUUUAGUACGCAAAAUGCCGGUGAGAAGCGUCAAUUCAAAUUAUUGCAAUGAAAUAGAUUAUAUCAAAGAAAGUGUGAUACAAAUAUUGGUUCUUUGAAUGAACUGAAUAUCUUUUGUUAAAGGGUCAAAUGGACUUAACGUAAUUACCUAUUUGUUCCUUAUACACGGAAUCACGCUAUCCUUUACGGUCGGUAGAAAUGUAAGUCGGCAAUUUUUUUCAGAGCCAUGUAAAGCCUUUUUGUAGCCUUUCCUCGUUUGGGCCGCACUUCUGUUUCCUUUGAUGCUUUUUUCAAGUGCCCAUGUCAUAUCGUUCAAAAGUAAUGCUACGUAGCUUUAUAUAAAAAAAGUUUUGUUCCAGCCGAUUAUUUAGUGGUUGGGUUUAAAAGCUGUCUACAUGUUGAAAUGAUAAGAAAUAUGGGCAAAUAUUUACCCUACAUGUUGUUGUUUCAUUCUUUCUUACUAAAUGAGAUUUUUUUGCCUUAAUUUUCAGAAACUUCCGCAGAAGCUGUUUAUUAAGGAUAUGGCGCCUGCCCCCACCGAGGGUAUGACUACCUCUUCUAUGAUACAGCAGGGUGUCCCCACAAAGACAGCGGAAAGUUUUCCAGUUAGUGUGGUCCCACCGGAUCAUAACGACAAUUACCUCACAGUUAAUGACGAGGACCUUUUCACUCUCCCGCCAGUCGAUGGAGAAAUUUACACGAGUGUUGAUCAGCAGUUUCUUGAGCUGAUGUUAGAUGCGGUGCAGAAGGGAUUCAUGCCUCCUGAACUAGCAACAGCCAAGACCUGGCUAAAUAAUGAUUCAACAGAAGUGGACCUAAACGGUUCAGCACCUUCCCCUAUAAUGGUCAUUAAUGGAGCAAAUGAUGAAGAAAUAGAGGGAAUGGUAGUAGAUGCUUUCGAUGAUCAAAGGCCACCUUCGUUGGAACCAAUAUCGCUGGCCAAUGGUGCAUCACAUCCCAACCUUAGCCCAACCUUUGUGGAUCAUAGAGGUUCGUUGUUGGCCAACGGUGAACCCGGGUCAGUUCAAUCUCAUCAAUCACCGGCUAGUGUGGAAACCACUUCCACUGCGGAAGACCAGACAGUAGCCAGUGCCGAGACGAUGUGUGGUGAUGAUCUCCAGUCAUCGACCAAUACUGGGCCGUCAUUACCAGUACAUGUUCCUGAGAACGAUAAUGGAGUUAUUUCUGAUUCAGAGCAAUCAGCCAUCUCGACGCCAAGCAAAAAAGUCCAGUUUCUUGGGCUUGACACUGUAUUUGGCGAACAAGAAAAAGCCGCAGAAGGGCCUCUGGAUAUUUCUAUCUCCCCGAGCCAUUCAACACUUGAUUCUCUUGUUACGGAGACCGGUGAGGGCCUGCCAUCAAUGCAGUCUUCCCCGAAAACAACUGUCACUUGGGCGACGUUAGAUUCACCGGUAAAGACAACGAGAUUAAUGGAAAAUGACCGCGCAAAAAGUCCAUCUCGAUCAACAGAGGGCCAUUGUGGAUUUGAAACAGCUCUUUAUGACACGGAGGCAGAUGAAAAACACGAGAGUGAUCUGGACGAUCCGUUUAUGGUUUACUUAAACUCAAUCGAGCAAACAGCUUUGAAGUUCAAGCUUCAGGUUGAGCAAGCCAAGGUGGACACUCUGGAGACGCUAAAGGAAAAACUAGAACGCGCAUAUGAAGGGACACCUCUUGAGGACAUCCCAGUUAGAUUCCAGGAGAAAUUACAAGAAACCGUCGCCCAAAUUGCGUCAGAUGAAGUGCUGAAAAAAUAUCAAGCUCUUGUAUCUCAAGACGAGGAAAUGGCUGAAGAGGAAAAUGCUAUUUUAGAGUGCAUGAGAAACGAACUUGACUCCGUUGCUAGCGAGAACUUCGCGUUACAUCAACAGCUUGAGUUGCUGAAAGAUUACGAGACACGUUACUAUGAUCUUAAAGAAAAGUUUGAUAGUCUCAGCGAUGGAAUGGCUACGAUAAGGAACGAAUACGAGAAGAAGAACGGAGAAAGUGAAUUUCUCGCGGAGCGAGUCGAGUCUUUGGAAAAGAGCAUUGUGAACCUACGAGUAGAGUACGAUAACGAAAUUAGUGACUUGCAAAACGAGAAUCUUCAGCUACAGAAGAGUUGUUUUGAACUGGAGAACAGGAACAAGAUUUUGGAAGAGGAAAUUGCUGCUUUCAAUGAAGGUUCUGACGACAGCCGAACAGAGGACAAUGUGAAGGAGUAUCUGGGAAGCCCGAAACAGAAGCUUGUCCCUAAACAGGAGUUAGAGGUGCUGGAACUACGCCUUGAGGAAUCGGAGAGACAAAAUAGUGCGCUUAGAGCAGCAGCACAGGCAGACCAAGCCAUGAUUCGGUGCGUUGAAGACAAGAAGGGUGAAUUAGAGAGAUCACUUGUAAAAGCACAGGACGACAACAGCAAAGUUCUUCUAGAACUUCAUGAAGCCCAACGGCAGAUCUCUUCGGACAGAGUAAAGCUCUCCAGCUAUCAAGAAGAAGUAGAUGCGCUGCAGCGCGAGAACAAACUGUUGAAAUCCAGUUUGGAGAUCGCCCAGAAUGAACUGGAGUAUCACAUGGAGAAGAAAGACGAAAAGAGCGAACCUUGGAAGAGUAAUAAGCGCAUGAUUUGGCGGGAAAUUCGGGAGCUAGAGAAGAUCCUAAAAGAUGUCCACAAAGAAAAAAGGAACUUAGAGAAAAAGUAUGUCACUUUUAAACAGGAGAAUGAUCAACUGAAUAACUCUCUCUCGUUGCACAGUUAUUCAUCUGCGGAGAAUUCCCCGGAACGUGAAGAAGAAAAAGAUGAAAGAGAUAGACUAAAGAGUAAGUCAUGGCACAGUGCAACAGAGGUCGAAAACAACAAAAUUAAUGCCAUGAACUCUGACCGUGACGAUGAUAGUUUUUCAUCGCCACCGCGCAAAGUCAAAAGCUGGCUGGACGGUCUCAACACUCCGAAUGGUGUGGUAAAGAAGGAUGAUUCCUUUGACCUUGGCACGAAAGAACAGACGCCGGUUCUUUCCAACAGGUUUGUGUCUUUUCUUGUUUAAGUUUCCUCAUUCUAUUUCUGACGUUUAUUUGGUUGUUUCUUCCUCUGUGUCUUCAUUAGGGUGUUUUUAAAAGAUGUCACGAAGGCGACGGCAACGAGAACGGCAAUAGGCCGUUUACAUUAGCAAAACAACAACCUUGCACGUGCAACACACUUUUCCGUACAUUUCUAUGCCGUUACUGCGUGACAAAGAAAUUGCCUAAUCUCAAUCAACUUGCAUAAUUUUCUUAGGGAUUCAAAUCCAGGAGUGUUCGCCUACAUUUGACAAAUUAAGCGAGUUGGGAUAAUCGCUUUAAAGUUUCAAAGAACACGAAGUCACGUAUAAGUGACCUUUUUUUUGCCGUCUUUGCUGUCGUGGUAUCUUAAUUGCAACGGAGCUUUACUUGGAGACUGUAAGACUAGGAUUGUGCUUUAACAUCGAAAAUUUGAUUACCUUGAAGGAAAUGUCUCAAGAGUGAAGACACUUUUGGCGAUAAUCCAAGCUUCUUUGAUAGACGGAAUAGUCAAAAUAAAAAGUGGUUAAAAACUGCACCAUUCUAAGACAAAUUUUACAUCAUCAUAAUACCCUGAGUGUGAAUGUGUUAAACCUUUCAGCCUCAAUAUUCAGAUACAAGUUCUCCAGACAGAUCUGCGUACAUUUCCAUAAAGAAUUAGUUGAGAGAAUUUAGUAAUUGAUCACAACACUUUCCCUUUAUUGAUCAUUUUGUUUAUCAUGACCUUUUCUCUUGGUGAUGUAUGGAUAUUGUUAGGAGAAAAUAUAUGUUGCUCACUCUUGGUACUUAAAGGAUUAAGGACGAUUCGCAACAACGAUUUUUUUUAGCGCAACAUAGCAUUGCAGUAUUGUUUCGACACUGUUUCGAAUGGUUGCAACAUUGUUCCAACAUUGCAACGAUGUGUUGCAUUGAAAAUCCUCGUUGCUUAUCGUCUCGUGUAAUAUCACCUUUAAACGGCAACAAAUCGUGUUAACAAUCGAAGCAGAUGGAAUCCGGGCGUGAAACAGCGUUUCUUUAUUAAACUUGACGAAUGUCACUGAAUUUACUAUAAAUUAAAUAGUUGUCAAUGUUCUCGAUUUCACUACAGGGUUGUCACUGCACCGAGUGGCUCAAGUCCUCGAAAGGAGGAUAAUGGACUUCGCAACGAGGUAAGAGAGUAAUCUUUUUUAUCCCCGGAGACCCAAGAGUAUGUUGUUGAUGAGAGGCAGCUUGGCCGGGCGUUGGCCGAGCGCUGGACUUGCGGUCAGACUUUCCUUCUAACUGCCCCCUCUUUUACCACCUUUUCUCUCGAAUAUUUAUGUUCCUUUUUUUGAUUCAGUCAUUCAUUUAUUCAUUCAUUCAUUUAUUCAUUCAUUCAUUUCUCCUUCUCCCUCAGCUAGAAGAGCUCCGUCACCACGUGGGAAGCUUGGAGGCCGAAAAAGCCGCGAUUGUUAAAGAACUAAGUUCACUUCGGUUCAGCCGAAUGACCAGAUAACGCCAUGAACACAGUUCAAUUGCCUCUGUGGGAUCGCUUAAAAGAUUAGAAGGCUCUCUAUCCUAGCAUUACGUUCGAUCAAGUUUGCAAGAAUGCAGAAAUAUCCAAGAAAAAAUGUACUGUCAUUUCCAAGAUCCGGUCAGAGCACUCUACAACAAACCGUGCGUUACACUAAACCAACGGUAGACGGCAGAAAAAUGGCGGUGGUGGAUGUCAGUCAUUGAAAACAAAGCAGUGCAAGUUGCUAACUAGUCAGAGACACAGCUUGAGUCAAUCACGCUACAAGUGUUGUAAUGGACGAAAUCUUGUUCAAAUUGGUUGAUCACAGUGAUAGUUUUAUCGUUUUAUUUACUAUUGGACAAUUGUUUUUCAUAUUUUAAGAUCGAACAUUUUCUUUGCAAGAAACAAUCGUGUUGACAGGAAGACGACAGGUUAUCUUAAGCGGAAGACAUCAGUGUACAUUAAAAACCGCAUAUAAAAAACCUGAGUUAGACAUCACGAAGUGUACCCUUGCUCUGAUGCUGACCUAUACACGAAGAAUAGCCCAUUUCCGAGUUACAAAAACUCCAGGGAGCUAUUCCAGAGCUAGACUAAAGCUACGUUUCACACGGAACCAAGCUAACCUCACCAAAAUUUAAUCGCCCAGCCGUUCAAAAAUUCGAACGCUAAAAUCGAGGUCAAACUUUUAGACGGCACGGUCGAAAAUUUGACCGGUGCAAUGUGAACACCGUAGCCCUCUAAAUUUUUGUAAGGAAAGGGCGCAAUUGCGUGAAUGCGUGUUAACUCAGCUGGGUGAUGCCAAUUUGGAUUUGCUUAAGAAGAGCUCUGCGGAUAAGCAGAUUUAGAAACCUCUGAGAAAAGUUAAAGUCCAAACUGGUUAGUCAGUUCCGUGUGAAUAGAGCGAAAAUAUUAAACGCGUGUGAACAGUGUCCGGUCAAACUUUUCAGCCGGUCGAAAAUUCGUCCAGCGCCGUGUGAACGUGAGAUUUAUUUGUAUGAGAAU